GAAAAAAAACGUCACCACAGUCGUUCCUUACUACUGAAGUGGGUAACGCAGUGAGAGAAUCUGAAUAUAAUAUCUAUUGGAGAUAACACAUACUUCGUCAACAUGAAGGGUAUUAUCUUGCUGGUGCUGGGAAUAGGCCUUCUUCAUACAGCAUCUGCUGUGACUCACUCCCUGAAGUAUUUCUACACCACAUCUUCUGAAGUUCCCAACUUCCCAGAGUUCGUGGUUGUGGGGAUGGUGGAUGGUGUUCAGAUGGUUCACUAUGACAGCAACAGCCAGAGAGCAGUGCCCAAACAGGACUGGAACAAGGCAGCAGACCCACAGUACUGGGAGAGGAACACUGGGAAUUGCAAGGGUACCCAGCAGACUUUCAAAGCCAACAUCGAUAUUUUAAAGCAGCGUUUUAACCAAAGUGGAGGUGUGCACAUUGUCCAGAAUAUGUUUGGAUGUGAGUGGGAUGAUGAGUCUGGAGCCACAGAGGGGUUUGAUCAGCAUGGAUAUGAUGGAGAGGAUUUCAUAGCAUUUGACCUGAAAACAACCAAAUGGAUCGCCCCAACGCCACAGGCAGUCAUCACCAAACAAAAGUGGGACAGUAACAUAGCUCGAAAUGAGCAGACAAAAAACUACUACACCCAGAUCUGCAUUGAGUGGCUGAAGAAGUAUGUGGACUAUGGGAAGAGCACUCUGAUGAGGACAGUCUCUCCGUCAGUGUCUCUGUUCCAGAAGAACCCCUCCUCUCCAGUGACCUGCCACGCGACAGGUUUCUACCCCAGUGAUGUCAUGGUGUCCUGGCAGAAAGACGGACAAGAUCACCAUGAAGAUGUGGAGUAUGGAGAGACUCUCCCCAACCAUGAUGGAACCUUCCAGAAAAGCUCCCACCUGACAGUGACGCCUGAGGACAGGAAGAACAACAAGUAUCAGUGUGUGGUUCAAGUCAAGGGUAUCAAGGAUGACUUCAUCAGGGUUCUGCCUGACCAGGAUGCCGCCAACAUUGUCCCCAUCAUUGUAGGGGUGGUAGCUCUCCUCCUGGUCAUCGUUGCUGUUGUUGUUGGGGUCGUCAUUUGGAAGAAGAGGAGCAAGAAAGGCUUUGUUCCGGCCAGCACUUCCGACACUGACUCUGACAACUCUGGGAGAGCUGCCCAGAUGACUUGAGAGACCUCUGCACUUCUGUAACAUCAGAGAAGGUGUUGAAGAGGAACUUCUCAAGAACAUAACACACUUAUAAUUGCACACACACACACACACACAACACAGGAGGUUGGUGUCACCUUAAUUGGGUAGAGCGGGCUUGUGGUAAUUGCUAGAGUGGAAUGAGUGGAAUGGUACCAAAUACAUCAAACACAUGGUUUGAUCUACUCCGUUACAGCCAUUAUUAUGAGCUGUCCUCCCCUUCAGAAGCCUCCUGUGACACACACACACUGUAAACACAGAUCCAUACAUCAACGACAAAAAUCUGCUGUCAAAAAUAUUAUUUGGUGAUUUUCAUUUGAACAGUUCUACUUUCAUUUAAUCUAUGGUUUGGCUUUUUAGAGUAUUGUUAUGUGUUUUUAAUUGUUAAAUGUUAUAUUGCCACUGAGGUUUAUCUCAUUCUUACAGGUAUACUAGAAUCAUUGUUGUGAGAUGUUAAAUUAAGAUUUGAACUUAAAUUAUUCUACAAAUAAAACAUACAUUUGUUUGAUUUUCUUUUAACCGAAGCCUUCAAAACGACCACAUUUAAAAGAUAUUGCUGUAAACCGGAAAAAAUGAAUCACUUUGUGUGUGUAGCUGCACAUGUGUAGGUCUCCACACAAAGCAGUGAUCGACCAAAUCUAAUGCAAGUCCAGAAAACAGCAUGGCAAAUUUGAUCCAUUUAAGAGAUAGAUAAUGAAGCAGCAAAACCACAAAUUAGAGACCAAAUUCAUGCCUUCUGUCAUAAUUCUCUUACACUUUUCAAUAAAGUCUACAAAAUUUGAAUCAAAGUGUCAUACUCUGCCUUUUAAUAAUGUUUGCAGUAAGAUAUGUUCUAAACAGCAAAGGAUUUGAAGUGAAACAAAUAUCAUUUUGUAUAUGGGUUUAAGAAGAAGUAAUAUAUAUUUUGAUGAUCUGUAUGAAAGAUGCUGGGGUGGCAGGUAGGUUAGUGGGUUAGUCGGCUAGUGUAGGGCCACUAGCCGACAAGGAAAAAAUCUGUCUGUGCCCUUAAGCAAGACACUUAACCCCUAUUGCUCCUGUAAAUUUCUCUGGGUAACAGCGUCUGAUAACUAAAAUGUCAAAUAUAAAUGUUUGAAUAAAUACUUCUUAAAAAAGGGG